CCCACAAAACCCUACCCUACCCCUCUUCCAAAACCCUCGCAUCGUCGUCUUCCUCGGUCAGCCCACCUGCGCGAGCGCGCCUCCGGCCUACAUCUCUCGCCCUCGCCUGGGAGGAGAACCAGCAGAGCGCAGCGGAUAUGCUCGGGGCCUCGAGGCGAUCCCUCUGCGCCGGCGCCGCCGCCCGCCGUCACGCGGCCGCCUUCGCGGUCUCCGGAGACGCCGCCGCCGCCUCCUCCUCCUCCUCCCCCUUGGCCCCUGCCCCGGCCCCGCCGCGUUCGGUGACAAACUCAGAGCCUGGUGUUUCUCGGCUUGGAGGGAAGAGGUUGCUCUCUGUGCUUGCGGCUCCCAAGCUUAAUGUAGGUGAAAGCUUGCCGUCCCUCAAGCUAAGGGAGAAUGCACUUGUUGGGAGACGCUAUGAAUCGAGUGCUGCAGCAGUUGAUUCAUCUGAUGCGCCACCUGCCGAGAAGUUUGAGUAUCAGGCUGAGGUCAAUAGGCUCAUGGAUUUGAUUGUGCACAGCUUGUAUAGCAACAAGGAGGUGUUUCUCCGGGAGCUGGUCAGCAAUGCAAGUGAUGCACUUGACAAAUUGCGCUAUCUCAGUGUCACUGAUCCUGAUCUUCUUAAGGAUGGCCCUGAACUUGACAUUCGCAUCCAAACAGACAAGGACAAUGGAAUAAUAACAAUUACUGAUUCUGGGAUUGGUAUGACGAGGCAAGAACUUGUUGAUUCUCUUGGAACUAUUGCAAGCAGUGGAACUGCUAAGUUCCUGAAGACAUUAAAGGAGAGCCAGGAAGCUAAUGUUGAUAGCAACUUGAUUGGCCAAUUUGGUGUUGGUUUCUAUUCGGCAUUUCUUGUUUCAGACAAGGUUGCUGUGUCAACAAAGAGCCCAAAAUCAGAAAAGCAAUAUGUUUGGGAAGCAGAAGCAGAAUCUAAUUCCUACACCAUUCGAGAAGAGAAAGAUCCAGAGAAGCUCAUUCCUAGGGGAACUCGACUUACACUUUACCUGAAGCGUGAUGACAAGGGUUUUGCUCACCCUGAGAGGAUUCAAAAACUUCUGAAGAAUUACUCUCAGUUUGUUUCCUUCCCAAUUUACACUUGGCAAGAGAAGGGCUUUACAAAAGAGGUUGAGGUUGACGAGGAUCCUGCUGAAGUUAAAACAGAAGAUGAUGGUGAAACCAAAAAAGAGGUUAAAAAGAAGACAAAAACCGUUGUGGAGAAGUAUUGGGACUGGGAACUUACAAAUGAAACACAACCUAUUUGGCUUCGGACUCCUAAGGAGGUAUCAACUGAGGAGUACAAUGAAUUUUACAAGAAGACCUUCAAUGAGUAUUUGGAUCCCUUGGCCUCCUCACACUUCACUACAGAGGGUGAAGUAGAAUUCAGGUCAAUUCUGUAUGUGCCUGCUACAAAGAAAGAGGACAUAACUGAUAGGAAGACUAAAAAUAUCAGGCUUUAUGUCAAGCGCGUGUUCAUAUCAGACGACUUCGAUGGAGAACUUUUCCCAAGAUACCUGAGCUUUGUGAAGGGUGUUGUUGACUCAAAUGACCUUCCCCUAAAUGUUUCUCGUGAGAUACUUCAAGAGAGUCGAAUUGUGCGUAUAAUGAGAAAGAGAUUGGUGCGGAAGGCCUUUGAUAUGAUACUUGGCAUUUCUUGUAGUGAAAACAGAGACGAAUAUGAAGCAUUCUGGGAGAACUAUGGCAAAUUUUUAAAGCUCGGUUGCAUGGAAGACAAGGAAAAUCACAAGAGAAUUGCUCCUUUGCUCCGUUUCUUUUCUUCUCAAAGCAAUGAGGAAUUAAUUAGCUUGGAUGAAUAUGUCGAGAAUAUGAAACCAGAGCAGAAGUCCAUUUAUUACAUUGCUGGAGAUAGUUUGAGCAGUGCCAAAAAUACUCCUUUCUUGGAGAAGCUCAAUGAAAUGGAUUAUGAGGUUUUACUUUUGAUUGACCCUAUGGAUGAAGUGUCUCUUACAAAUCUGAACUCCUACAAGGAUAAGAGUUUUGUGGAUAUUAGCAAGGAAGACCUGGACCUAGGUAAUAAGAAUGAGGAAAGAGAAAAGGAAUUGAAGCAGGAAUACAGUCAAACCUGUGAUUGGAUCAAGAAACGUUUGGGUGAGAGGGUUGCUCGAGUUGAUGUCUCCAACCGUCUCAGCUCAUCACCAUGUGUUCUAGUUGCAGCCAAGUUUGGUUGGUCAGCCAAUAUGGAAAGGUUAAUGAGGGCGCAGUCUAUAGGUGAUACGUCGUCUCUGGAUUUCAUGCGGUCCAGGAAAGUAUUUGAAAUAAAUCCAGAGCAUGAGAUAAUCAAGCGACUGAAUUCUGCGUGCAGAAGCAACCCUGAUGACCCGGAAGCUCUGAAGGCAAUCGACAUCCUCUUUGAAACUUCAAUGAUUUCUAGCGGCUUUACACCUGAUAACCCAACUGACCUGAGCGGGAAGAUCUAUGACAUGAUGAGUACAGCUAUGGCGGGCAAGUGGGCGUCGCAGCCCCAACCUGCCCAGCCAAGCCAGCAACCUGCCGCACCUAGUAGCCCUGAACCUGAGCCGCUUGAAGCCGAGGUGGUGGAACCAGUCGAGGCUGGCCAGCAGAAAUGAGAAUCCGCAUCGUGGGAAUCCAUCGUGGGUUGAUAUCAAGUGCAUACGCGGGUGCUAUCCCACGCUCUCUGCUUGUUCCUUUUUAUUAUUUCGGAAUCCGUUUACACGGCAUGUAUGACGAGCCGUGCGAGUGCCAGCAUACACUUAAUCCUAGAUAGGGUUGUGGUAAUACUAGUAAUAAUAAAACAUUUUGGCCUUGAACACGCUGCCUGCUAGACUUUGCUUAUUCAACUACCGAAUUGAAAGAGUAUGAUUUGCGUAA